AUGAAGCUUAUGCGGGCAGGGGAUUUUGACUAUUUUAAUAAAUUCUACCGCAUGACCCCGCAAAAGUAUGAUUACGUGCUCAAACUUGUAGAAGACGACCUUAGAUGUUCCUAUGUGUGCAGGGAACCAAUUAGUGCAUCGGAGCGGCUGGCCAUGACGCUGAGGUACCUAUCGUCAGGAGACCCUGUAAAGGAUGUUGCACUGGCCUUCCGUGUGGGCAUAUCGACUGCAAGAGCUGCCAUUGUCGACACAUGCAAGAGUCUGUGGGAAAGGCUGAGGCCACUCUACAUGCCGACUCCCAACACUCAGGUAUGGCAGGACAUCGCUAUGGAAUUUCAGAGACUCUGGCAAUUUCCAAACUGCGUCGGAGCGGUUGACGGAAAACAUGUCCAGAUGCAGGCACCUGUUAGGAGUGGCUCCCUAUAUUUCAAUUACAAGGUGUGA